AUGAACGCCACAGUGGUGAACGCCGCCUUCCGUGCGCUAGAAUCGCCCAACGCCUCAAAAAUGCGUGUGAGCGUGGUGGGGAAGCAGGAAGGUGACGCGCUGGUGCCAUACCACACCUCCAACGGGCAUCGGCUGCUGCUGCUCCAGCCAGGCCGCCGCAGCCACCAGGACAUCUUCUCGGACGAGCUGGCGCAAAACCGCGCGCUCACCUGGUGGCUGCGCGGCGGCGGCUGGCUGCUGUGCUUUGUCGGCCUCAGCUGCCUCACCAACAUCCUGAACGUGCUGGUGAGCCGGUUCCCUGUGGUGCGGGACGUGGUGGCACUGGGUGUCAACGUCACUCAACGCUAG